AUGUACAAGGUCAUCACUAGCUACAAGUUUCAGUUCAUGCUGUUUUUCCUAGCGGAUGUGCUGAAGGAGCUCAACCUUCUGAGCUUGAAGUUCCAGCGUCGCCAGGUUGACGCGACCCAUGUGCUGCCGAUGGUACACAACACGACUUUGCUGCUGCGCAAUCGUUACCUCGACGGCGACGACGAGUCUUUCGGCCAGGGCGGAGAAGCUUUGGGCCCCUUUCUCAAGAAGCACGCGUCCAGGGAAUGCCGAGAGGUGAAGCUGGCUGGCACAUCGUCCGACGGAACUUCGACUGACCUUACCUACACACUCCAUGAGGAGCCCAUCAAAGGGCAGAAGACCGGUGCGGACCACGGUGCGUGUUUGGAGUUGGCGCGCGCGUUCGUGGCAACCUUGACCGGUAGGCUCGAUCACCGCCUCAAGGACCUCGCCAACCUCGACGGGGCGAAGCUGUUCAAGCAGGGGUCGUAUCCCAAGAACCAGGCCAAGCGCGAGCGGAAACUUGCACACUGGAUGCAGUCGCUGCGCAAUAUGUUUAAGAAGAAGCCUGAAGACCCCGACACCCUACCAGGUGCGUAA